UUCCCUCUAAAGCAGUGUGAGGUGGUUUCAGUGUUCAGGUGCACUCUCUCUCUCUCUCUCUCUCUCUUCAUGGAGAUUUAAAACCCUAACCACCACAAUGCACCCCCGACCUCAAUCUCUUCCCGCCAUUUCAGUAUUCUCCUCGAAUACCUUUUUUGCCCUCCUCCCUCCAUAGAAAUGCCACUUAGAUCCGGCCAUGGACAGGGACGCCCGGAAUUUGAUGCGUCCGAUCAACUCCGAUUUCACUUCGUCGUCGUCGUCUUCCUCUAAUUCCGACCUUUUCCGCAGCGUUCAGGCCGCGCUUAAGCGCCACCGCCCUCUAGAGACAAGCAUAAGGCCUAAGCGCAUGUUGGCUCCCCGAAGAGAAGUAACUAAAGGUUCAGCUUCAAGUGCGGCUGUCGUUGACACAAAGAGUUCGCGAGAUGUAGCUACGCAGGGGCAGGAUAAUACUGCAAAGGAAUCAAGUGUGCAGCCACACGACAUGCCUACUAGUGCCAAGGAAACUCAGGAAGAUGCAUGUGUUACGGCAGUUUCCAAUUCAAGCAGUAUCACCCACACGUUUGAUGAGAAUUUAGAUGUGCCCAUAGAUCAAACUAAGCCUGACAUUGGUGCUUCCUGUCAUUUUGAGUCUCAAGGGAUUGAUGCUCAAAAGAAGGUCCAAUUUUCAAUUGGAACUGGUGCUUCUUCCCUGGGGGCUGAUGAUAAUAUGGCCACUCAAUCAGAGACCUUAUCAUCUCAUAUGCGUUCACUUGCAUUGACAGAAAUGGAGUGGGUUUCUAUUAGUCAAGCAGAGGCAUCAGCUGUCAUAAAUCAUGAUUCAAAGCAUCAGAAUAUUCUGAAUACAGAAGCGGAUAUCUGUUUGAAGUCUGAUGGUGGGAUUUCCUUGUUGGCAAAGAGAACAACUGCCGCUCAAGAUCAGUUGCAUCAAUUCAGGAACUUCUUAAGCCAGCCUAUGACUCAAUCCUCAGUUGUUGGGCCAUCGUGUGCUACUACAACGUCUGUCCAUGCUACUUCAGCACCCAUGUCAACAACUUAUUGUUCUAGUUUGCAUAGUGGUUAUCACAUGCCAGUAGAACCCUUGAAGGAUUCUAAUGUAAACCCUCAACCAUCAAAUGCUCCUUUAAGGGGCACCGGUGCAAUGUCCAAUCCCCAGAUAGCUGUUGCAGCCCAACCUUCUACCUCUGCAGUUGAUACCCAAAACGAAGGUAAGGAAUAUGACCUUUCUAAGGAGCAAAAAGGCUGCAAGCUGUCGGAGAGUGAAUAUCAGGAAAACCCUUCUCUUCCCGAUGUGAAGCAAACUGAAGUUGAAUCGUAUGCAGGUGAUGUUGCCAAUGCACGAUCUCAGGUUACUUUGCCCCCAAAUUUAUGUUCUGAUACAAAGUCAGAGCCUUCAAAAUCAGAAAAACAAGAAAAGGCUGCAAGUGGUAAAGUUGUUCCAGCUCCUCGUAAAAAAAAUAAAGAUUCUGACUUGUUUAUUAAAGUAAAUGGGAAGCUCUAUCAGAGGCUUGGAAAAAUAGGUAGUGGAGGCAGCAGUGAGGUCCACAAAGUUAUAUCAUCAGACUGUACAAUCUAUGCUCUUAAGAAAAUCAAGCUGAAAGGGCGUGACUAUGCCACUGCUUUUGGUUUUUGUCAGGAAAUCGAAUAUCUGAAUAAGUUGAAGGGGAAGAACCACAUCAUACAGCUUAUAGACUAUGAGGUGACAGAUAAGGCUUUACUGCAUGCAGUAUUGAGUGGCUCCAUAAAUAAUAAAGAUGGCAGAGUCAAGGAUGAUGGGUAUAUAUACAUGGUACUUGAAUAUGGAGAAAUUGAUUUGGCUCACAUGCUGUCCCAGAAGUGGAAGGAAAUGGAUGGGUCGAAUCAGACCAUAGAUGAGAACUGGCUACGAUUCUACUGGCAGCAAAUUCUUCUGGCAGUCAGCACCAUACAUGAAGAGCGAAUUGUGCACUCUGACUUGAAGCCAGCUAAUUUCCUGCUUGUCAGAGGCUCUCUUAAGCUGAUUGAUUUUGGGAUUGCUAAAGCUAUAAUGAGUGAUACAACCAACAUCCAACGGGAUUCUCAGGUGGGUACGCUAAGUUACAUGUCUCCAGAGGCAUUCAUGUGCAAUGAGACUGAUGCAGAUGGAAACACUAUCAAGUGUGGCCGGCCAUCAGACAUUUGGUCCCUUGGUUGCAUCCUUUAUCAGAUGGUAUACGGGAGGACCCCGUUUGCAGACUACAAGACCUUCUGGGCCAAGUUCAAAGUUAUAACAGAUCCUAACCAUCAAAUUUCAUAUGAACCAGUCCCUAACCCUUGGCUUCUGGACCUCAUGAGAAAGUGCCUUGCCUGGGACCGCAAUGAAAGAUGGAGGAUCCCUGAACUACUUCAGCACCCUUUUCUUGUUCCCCCAGUUCCAACCCAGCCAUCUUCUCAUGAUCACAGCUGUAAAUUGCUUCGACUUAUUGGCCAAAAUUGUACCAGUGAUUCUGAAGCGUCGAAGCUUGUUUGUCAGCUUAAACAACUGCUUGAAGACCCUUUGCCAUCCACAACGUCUCAGUUAUUAACAUCGCGUGACCAACAAUGUACAUUGCUCUGCCAAGUGUCAAAAGUUUGCCUUCAGCUCCAGGAACACUUUCAGAGAGACAAAUAGGUGAUGGUCCAAGCCUAUGAUCAGUCUUAUUUUUGGUGGUCAAGAUGUGUGCUCUGUUUAGCUGCUUUAGGGUUAGGGAAUUCAUGCCUGGUUGGUUACAUAUCAUUGUUUCUAUCUUUUGUAAUGAUAUGUAAUCCCGCUGUGUUAUAUUGUUUUAGUUAAAUAGAAUAGAAGACGGGGAUUGUUGUGUCAUGUGUUUUGUCCCCGUAAAUCAUUCGGAAAAAUCAAACUGUAUGCAGCACAAUCUGCGGAAGAUUUUGUAAACAAAUAUGAAAUGUGUAAUGAGUACUAAACUAGCUA